CGCUGGAGAGUAGAGAGAGAUUGCCGUAAAGGGGAGGAGCAAAAAUCCGAUCAAGUCACAACCAGCAUUACACUCAAGCAACGGGAAGAUUUCGACUUUCUCUCACUUUCUCGGGAAAAGCAGGAUUCCCGAUAAAAUUCCAGAGCCGGCAUCCGUCUAAAGCCUCGCCCUUUUUUUUUUUUUACUACCUUCACUCGAUCUCCAAGUAUUUCCACAUGCCCAGAUGGGUGUAGAUCCGAGCGGGUGUUCCAUUUGGGGUAUUCCAUUCGCCAUUCGAACUGAUCAUUUCGAAUGAUCGAGGCCGUGAUCUCCGAGAACUUCGCCACUCCUGGUUUUGUGAAGUUUCUCUCUAGUUUCUCAGCGAUUGGUUGGAGGAGCUGUCGCGAAAUUUGCGGGAUGUCGACUCUGCUGUCUAGUUAACUGGAGUUGAAAUUUUCCCGGCAUUGAGUUAGAGGGUUUUGAUUAUUGCCAAUCAUACAGUUGAUUCAGAGGGUUUUUGGUCUUAGAGGCGGUUAGGGCUUGUGGGUUGGUGUUGAAUCGAUCAUCUAUCUAUCUUUUCGGUGUAAAUUAGAGGAUACGAGAUUGGGUGUGUUUGCAUAUCUAUGUCUGGGAAUUUAGUUCAUGUGUUUAUUUGAGCCUACGUCUUGUUGGGAUUCUGUCGUGAAAAUGAGCUCCUGUUGGUUAUAACCCACGAUGUGUUUCUUGUCCAUAAAAAAGAGUAUUGUCUUAAUCUGAGAGUAGGAAGAGGUUGAGGUGAUAAAUUUCAAAGCUUUUUUUGGUGGGUGACUUGAAAUGCCACCUUCCCCUGCUCUGAGAUCAUUUCCUGCUAGGGAAAGUCACAAGCGAGGCCAUAGCUUUGGGAAUGAGAUGCUUCUUCAAGAAAAUGACGAUGAUGAUCUUGCCUUGUUUAAAGAUAUGGAGAGCCGAGAAAAGCAGGAUUUCUUGCUUCAGUCAUUUGACGACUUCGAAGGCAUGUUAUCCUCUAUACCGAAGCAGUUCUCUGAAUUCAGAACUGGCCUCCCGCUUCCAACCAGGGGAGAGAGUAGUGAACUCCUUAACUCAGAUGGCGAAAACAAUGAUUAUGAGUGGUUGUUAACUCCUCCCGAGACACCGCUUUUUCCUUCACUGGAUGAUGAACCACCACCUGUUGCCGCUGCGAGUAGAGGGCGAUCUCGGAGUCAGCCUAUUUCUAUAUCAAGAUCAUCCACCAUGGAGAAGAGUAACCGGAGUAGCAGAGGUAGCCCUAGUCCAAAUCGCCUUAGCCCAUCACCCCGAUCUGGGAAUGCCACAUUUCAAUCAAGGGAAAGGCCAUCUUCAGUGCCUCGCUCUAAUCCGUCGCCUAGUGUACGUUCUAUCACUCCUUCUCGGCGGCCAUCUCCUCCUCCACGUAAACCGUCUCCUCCUGUCCAAAGGUCUUCCACCCCAAUAUCGCGUAGGCCAAGCUCGGUAUCAGGUGCCACACGAAAUUUUGGAGGGCGAGGAACUUCUCCUAUCAGAAAGAACCAAGGACACUCUCCUUCCCCGGAUAUAAGAUCAUGGGGAUCAAAUAUUCCCGGUUUCCUCAUGGAUACUCCACCUAACCUCCGUACUUCAAUUGCCGGUAGACCUGCUUCAUAUGUUAGGGGUUCCUCUCCUGCAUCUGGGAAUAGCAGGGAUUCCACUGCUAGAUACCGUAGGCAAUCAACAUCACCUACUCCUUCUCGGAGUGCCAGUUCAUCAUAUAGUCAUGAUCGGGAUCAAACUAGCUGCCAGAGUAAAUGCUCUGUUGCAUCUUCCAUGGAUGAUGAUUCAGAUUCUCUGCAGUCUGGUCCUCUAGGAGGUUCCGAAUGUUCGUUCUCGAAGAAAGUUGGCUCCUUUCCGAGUAACAGGAAUCUGGCUUCAUCUAAGAAACCAUCCAGAAUAAUAUCCCCAGGUUCUGCUCCAAAAAGAUCCUUUGACUCCCCGAUUCGUCACACAGAUCAUCGUAAAUCUCAAAGUAUGUUCAGAUCUCUCUUGUCAAGUGCUCCCACUUCAAGCUUUUAUAUCGGAAAAAGCAGUUCAAAUUAUCCCAUCUUUUCGAGGGAUACCUCUAUGAAAACAAGAAACGCUACAGGUCCAGAUCCAUUUGCAACUUUUGUGGAUGACUGUGAGAGCAAAUCAUACUCAGAUGCACAAGAAGAUGUCUUUGCAUAUGAUAAAGUUGAGGGAUUAGUUAAAGAAAAGGUGCCGGGGAAUCAUGAUAUCUUGCCUGAUGGUCAUUGCUCUAUCUCUGAAAAUAUGAAUGGUUUUGAUCCUACUUUACCUGGAGUAGAAUCACACCGUCUUGUCGGCGAUGAAGUGUUAAAAAGUUCUGAUGUUAUCCAUGCCGAAAAUGAGACUGUUACUGAUGAGUAUGUGGAAAUUUGUUCAGAGUGCAGAUGCCAGUUCCGUGCUGUGGGUCCAGCAGAUACAGAUGUUAAACUUUGUCCAGAAUGCAGGAAGAUUCUGAAUGUUUCCGAUGCUACAGAUCUUGUUGCUAUCUCCCCUCCAAAGUCAUCCAUUAAUCUUUCUGAAAAGCUUAAUCCAUCUGAUGCGGUGAAUACCCGAGUACCCGCAAGUCAUCCGCUGCUACAAGAUUCAGAGGAGAACAUGCAACAAUGGUGGAUUUCUGACAAUCAAGCAAGGCAAAGCUGUCUGCAGGAAGACAAUCAUGUUGUUAUGUCUACAAUAGAGAAGAGCAGCGAGGAAAAGGUCAACACCCCAGAAAAGGUAAACCAACAUUCUGUGAGCGGAUUGGACAUGGAUCCCGAGGAUCGGCUUCUUAGGGAAUGCUUAGAUAUUCACAUUGAUUCUUCCGAAGCUGCUGGAAUUUCAGUCCUGUUAAAGAGGUCAGUCAGUGGUAAGGGACCUGUUCUUCAAGGCAGAACCUUCGUUGCCUCUCCCAAACCUUUUGAAAAUCUCUCGUACACUAGAGACAGUGCAAGCAAUCUUAGAAGCUCCGUUGGUUAUGGUACCGUCUCUGAAUCUUCAUCGGUCGACUAUGGGCCAACGAGACAGACCGAGCCAAGUGGUAUAUCAUCUUUAUCCAGAGUAUCUAAUCAUGACCUCCAUGCUUUGGAUCUUAAUGCAGUAGUUUCAUGUGAAGAAUGUUCUGAAUCUCCUGUUGAUGAAACCAAAUCCCGCGAAACAGGGGAAAAUAAUCUCUCCUGUUCUAAAACCUCACCCCUUGAAGUGGAUAAAGAAACAGAGAACAAUAACCUCUCCUGCUCAGAGUCAUCAAGCUGCUCAGUUAGCGCUCUGCUCGAAGAAAACUCGGUAUCAUCGGUUCAAAAUCCUGCAAAAGACAUUUCCCAGGAGAUAAAAGAUGUUCAAGAUACAGCUUCUGAUACAGAAAAAACAGACGUCUCUCAAGAUUACUCUCGUGAAGAACACAUGAUUCUGGACAGAAACACCGAUGGUGUUGAUGUGACUGAAGUUCCUGCAAGCUGCUCAGCUCUGUCUGCUGAAACAGAAGUAGAGAUCAAGAAUCCCUGUAUGGACGACGAUCCCGAUUUACAGAAUCAUGGUGAUGAUGGCCUUCAGGAACUUCAGUUUUCCGAGCCAAACUCUGCAGAUCAACCACAUGAAAUCUCGGAAUCUUUGACAGUGAUUUCUGCAGAAGAAUCGAGCCUACAGCUGGAUUCUCAUGGAGGAAGCAAAGGAAGGAGCCUCACACUCGAAGAAGCAACAGAUGCAAUUCUUUUCUGCAGCUCCAUAGUUCACGAGAUAGCCUACAAGGCCGCAAGCACAGCAAUAGACAGUGACACUGAAGAGCCAUUUGAACAGCUAAGACCAACUGUCACAGUGUCAGGGAGGUCCAAUACCGUGACAAAAGACACAUGGAGCAGGAACUUAGUUCCUAAACGCAACUCCAAAGCAACAAAAACCAGACGGGCUCGGGCAGAAGAGGAAGAAAAAUCUCCGGGCAAGCUCAAGAACGACGAAAAUGCCGGGAUACCCGUUAUUCGAAACGUUGGAAUACCUAACAGGAUGGAUGAAAUGAAGCAGCCUAAGCCGGAAUCCAAGUGCAAUUGCAGAAUAAUGUGAAAGAAGAAUAUGAAGAAAGAAAACCAUUUCUUAGAUGAGGAGGAGCAGCUUCGGACAGGGUGAAGGAUCUGAUUUUGUUGGAAGGGUAUGUCUUGAUUGUGAUUGAUCUUGUAAGAAACUCAGUCUUAGUUUAGAAUGUUAAUGUAAAUGUGAAAUGUGAAAGAAGGGAAAAAAAAGGUUUUAACUUUAUGGGUAAGUAGUAGUGUCGUUUGUUAGGGUUUUGUCCGUAUAGAGAGAGAGAGGCUCACUACAACAAUACACGUAAAAUAACUACUUGUGUUAGUAUUGAUGUUUGCCUAAUUAUGGAGAAACCCUUUUAUUUUUUUUAA